UGUAUAAUCAUCACUACUCGUCCUUCAUUACUCUGUUAGCUGCACAGCAAAAUAGUUUACUUCUCUUUACAAAUAGUUCCUCUCCUUCUAUAUGCUCUACUGAAUUCAAUCAAGUUUAAUUUAUUCAGUUUUCACUUCUCUUUCUCUACCUUGUAUAAUUAAUUCUCUUACUAUCAACGUCUCUCUCAGUUUGUUCAUCAAACACCAACAUUUCCAUUUUUUUGCUUUAGUUCACAUAAAAGCACAUAAUGGUUCUCCAGAAAUCAUCAUCUAUGGUGCUUAAAGUGAGGAGGAAGCCAGCGGAGUCAGUGGCACCUGCUGGACCCACCCCCCGUGAGCUCAAGCUUCUCUCCGAUAUUGAUGACCAAAAGGGUCUUCGUUACCACCUUCCAUUGGUGCAAUUCUUUCCAUACAACCCUUCAAUGGCAGGGAAAGACCCUGUCCAUGUCAUCAGGGAAGCAUUGUCCAAAGCACUUGUGUUCUAUUAUCCACUUGCCGGAAGGCUUAGGGAAGGUCAUAGUGGCAAACUUGUGGUGGAUUGCACUGCCGAAGGUGUACUGUUCAUUGAAGCUGAUGCAGACGUUACACUUGACUAUUUUGGUGUUGACCCUCUGCCUCCAUUUCCUUGCUUUGAUGAGCUCCUCUACGAUGCUCCAUUUUCUGAUGAUGGGAUCAUCAACUCUCCUCUGCUGCUUAUUCAGGUAACACGUCUCAAAUGCGGUGGUUUCAUCUUUGCUAUACGUGUGAACCACACACUGUGUGAUGGAUGUGGAAUUGGUCAAUUCAUAAAGGCCAUAGCAGAAAUAGCCCAAGGUGCAUCAAACCCUUCAAUUCUCCCAGUUUGGUGUAGGGAUCUUCUUUGUGCCAGAGACCCACCAAGAGUCACAUUCAUCCACCAUGAAUACAAACAACUAUCACUUGAUGACAACAAAACUGUCUCCUUCAAACCCUCCCAAGCUUCCUUCUUCUUUGGCCCCCAAGAGAUUGAUGCAUUGCGCUGCCUCCUCCCUCGUCGUCUUGCUCAAUCUUCCACCACCUUCGAAGUCCUCAGUGCAUGCAUAUGGCGUUGUCAUACAGCUGCAUUGCAAUGGCAAAACCCUAACCAAGAGGUUCGCUUGCUUUGCACAGUCAAUGCACGUUUUGAACCUUGCAGGUUUAGUCCUCCACUGCCUGAAGGGUAUUAUGGCAACGCUUUUGUGCUUCCUACGGCAGUUUCCACCGUGGAGAUGCUUUGCAGGCGGGCUUUGAGCUAUGCAUUGGAGUUGGUGAAGAAAGCAAAGAAAGAUGCAAGUGAGGAGUAUGUUCACUCUACUUCUGAUCUAAUGGCCAUUAAGGGAAGGCCUGCGUUUUCGAUGACAGGAUCCUUUAUAGUGUCAGACAUCACAAAAUGUGGGUUUAGAGAUGUGGAUUAUGGAUGGGGUAAGCCUUUGUAUUCUGGAUUAGUCAGAGCUGGUAUAGAUGAUAUUUCUGGUGUGAGCUACUAUGUUCCAUAUACUAACUCUAGAGGAGUGCAUGGUAGAGUUGUCUUAAUUUCCCUGCCAGAAGAAGAUGCCAUGAAAAGGUUUGAGAAAGAGCUUAACGAAAUACUUCAGAUCAGGGAUGAAAUAUCAUUUGUAUUGGAUGCUUGAUAUCUGAAUAUGUAUGCAUGUCAACUCGGUUUUAUAA